GAGAGAGAGAGAGAGUGAGUGAGUGAGAGAGAGAAAAUAGGGAGAGAAAGCAGUGAGGCAAGCGGUGGAGGGGUCCAAGACGCAUUAAGUGCGAGAAGGUAAUUCCUGGUGUGAUGGGUUGCAAAACCAGGUUCCAUUGUUUCUGACAGUGUCCUGUCAAGCCAUGGGGAAAUCUCCGGGAAAAUGGAUCAAAACUGUGCUUUUUGGGAAGAAAUCAUCAAAAUCUGGUUUUCCAAAAGAUCGUACAGUUGAGAAGAAGGCAUCCAUUGCUUCCAACGCAGCAUCUGGAGAUUUGGCUGUGGAUUCUCCAGAGAUCCCAGACCUGUUAUGUCCCAAUACUGAUAGAAGUGGGGAAAACAUUGAGUUUGAAAAGGGUACAACUGCCAACGUACCAUGUGAUGCAGCUGUGUUAUUGCCUGGAAAGCAAGAUGCUGAUGCUGAAGUAAUGAGACAAGAGCAAGCUGCUACAACAGCACAGGCGGCUUUUAGGGGCUACUUGGCUCGCCGGGCAUUUUGGGCCCUCAAGGGCAUCAUAAGGCUGCAAGCACUUGUUCGUGGGCACUUGGUUAGGAGACAGGCUGUUGCUACUUUUCGGUGCAUGCAGGCGAUUGUUAAACUGCAGGCAGUGGUUCGUGGCCGAAGGGUUAGACUGUCUGACAUUGGAUGUGAGGUGCUUAAAAAGUACAGUCUGGGGGAACCUCAGGUUACUAAACAGGUGGACUUGUUUGGAGUAAGCACAUCUUUUAGAUCAGAGAAGCUGUUGACAAAUGCAUAUGUUACUAAGCUUCUUACUUCAUCACCUACUGCUAUGCCCCUGAGCCUCCAGUAUGAACCGCUCCAGCCGAAUUCAGUCUCGAACUGGCUUGAACGCUGGUCAUCAUCUCGCUUUUGGGAACCACUUGCACGGCCAAAGAAGAUUGUUGAUGCGAAGCCUCGAAGAAAGCAUGCUAACAUGCAGGUUGUUGACACAGAAGCAGGACGACCAAAAAGAGGUGUGAAGAAGCUUUCAACAACAAAUGGUGUCGAUAGGUCAGUGAAUUCCUCAGAAUUUGAAAAAGCCAAACGCAACCCAAGGAAAGUCUCAAGUAAUCAAGCAGAAUUGGUGCAAGAACCACCUCAAAACGAACUUGAGAGAGUCAAACGCAAUCUGAAAAAAGUUUCCGCCUCCGCAGCGGUGGCUGCCGAUGAAUCAGAAGCCAUAACUGAGAAGCCAGGGCUGAAUUUGAAAAAAGUGUCAAGUUCCGCCAUCGCUGAUGUUCCUGAUCAGCGGAUUGAUAAUUCUUCUGAAAAAAUGAGCGAUCCACCUGGCAGAGUGUACCAACAGGAUGUGACAGAAACACCUCCAAAGCCAUUGGUUGUGGAUGAAUCACUUGAUGUGCAAGAUGAUAAUCCUCCUGAUGAGGAGAUGCGUUCUUUAGAAAACAGUGCUAAGGUUGGAAACAGUCCCACAGAGAAUGAGUUGAGCUUUAAGGAAGAUGAAACUAGCAAGGAAAACCAGAGAACCAGGAGGAGGAAAUCUUUACCAGCAAAGCAGGAAUAUCCUGAAAAUGUCUCCCAGAACACACCAACCUUGCCAAGUUAUAUGGCAGUCACUGAGUCUGCAAAGGCAAAGCUUAAAGCACAAGGAUCCCUGAGGUCCAGUGAAGAUGGGGCUGAAAGUGGUUUUGUCAGGCGUAAUUCCUUGCCAUCUUCCACGAAUGGCAAAAUAAGCUCACUGUCUCCUCGGAUUCAAAAGCUGGUACAAGCGAAUGGCAAAGUGGGAAGUAGAAGUGACAGAUCACUAUUGUCCUCCCGAGAUGAGAAGGUGCUCCAGCCUGGGUGGAGGAGAUGAGUGCAGCAUCAAUCUGCUUUCAAAAGACACUGGUGGUCAGAUAUGACUGGUUGGUUGCAGUUUCUUCAAUUUGUUCUCAUUGUGCAAAAUUCUGUUGUAGAAUACGAAACAGAACUUGAUAAACAACAGUUGUUUGAUGUAUUUUGUCUUUCCCAUGUCUUGCUUUGCAAUUUGGGUAUUGUGUGGGAUGUAUAGUCAUAGACCAAUUUCGUUUGUUUUAUUUAAGAAGAUUCUUGUGCUUUAUUAUUAU